UUCCCCCGAGGAGAAAGAGAUUUAAUUGUUAUUCACGUCCGAAUAAGACGGAACGAAAUUUAUUGACAUCGUUGUUGACACCGGCACGGCGGCGAUCGCAGCGAUAUGCGAUAUUGACGAUAUAUCGGGUUCGACGUUGCGCUGACAUAGGCGCUGACAUAUCCUAUCAGCGAGGACAUACUCUUGACACAUGCCACGUCAUGUUAUUAAUUGUCGUUGGCGUUUAUCGCGUGGCCGCUUUCCUCGGCUUGUCCCUAACGGAGUAGCGCGGGUCUGCGCGUGGAAUGACGACGCGUGGACGACGACAGACGAGUCGUCGAUCAUGGGCAGCAAGAUCUUGCCGUGCUUCGUGUCCGGAGUCAUCGUCAAGGGCUUCGGCAGGGGCUCGAAGGCGCUCGGCAUCCCGACAGCUAAUCUCCCGGAAUCCGUGGUCAGUGCUUUGCCGGAGGAUUUGAAUACUGGAAUUUAUUAUGGUUGGGCGUCCUUACAUGGAGAAAUUUAUAAAAUGGUCGCAAGCAUAGGAUGGAACCCGUAUUAUAAGAAUGAAAAAAAGUCAAUGGAAGUUCAUCUGCUACAUAAAUUCCAAGAUGAUUUCUACGGUGAAAAGCUCAGGGUUAUUAUUGCCGGAUACAUAAGACCAGAAAGAGAUUUUUCUUCCUUAGAUGAACUCAUCACAGAGAUCAAGAAUGAUAUUGCAAUCGCAGAACAUCAAUUAGAAGAACCUGUUGUAAAUAAGCUAAAGAAUGACGACUUUUUAAUGAUUAAUAAAGCAAAUCACUAAUAAGAAAAAUGUAAAUUUUUAUCUGACAAAAUUAUAAAAGAAAUAUUUUUAUUACUUUAGUUCCAGUGCACAUAUUUAUUAAAAUACCUUUUCUAAAUAUGUAAGUAUUGUUACAGUGUUGGGAGAAAUAAAAUUAAGAUUAAUAAUAAAUUUAGAAAAAUAUGUAACAAAUAAUGUAACAAAAGUCUCCACGUGCUUCUAGAAAUACAUUCCUCAUAAGACUCAUUAUUCUUGUACACAAAUGUAGAAAUAUCCUUUGCGCCGAUUGUGACUUCGAAAACUACUUCAGGAUAUAAGAUAAAAUGUAAGAUAAACCUUGAUAUAAGAUAAAUCCUUUGGGAUCUAACCUGA